AUGUCGAUACUUUAUCUCAAUUGUCUGAAAUUGUUAUGUGUCCUUCAAAUAGUUCAUCUGAUUACUGCUGAUAAAAUUGUAAAAUCACCGCAAACAGUACGAAGUGUCAAUUAUGAGGAUUUUUCAUUGCUGUGUGCUGAUGGAAUCCCAUUAUUAAUGGAAGAUCAUAAGCCUAGACCAUGUCAACCAAGACCAUGGCUCAAAGAACAGAAAUGUCCAACAGGAUUCUGGUGCCACGAAGGACAAUCAGAACACAGUUUUUAUUGUUGUCCAAGUAGCAGAAAAUUCGCAAACCGUUGCCACCUGCCGCCAGCUGUCGGUUAUGGAAAACAACGAAUGCGUCGUUUCUACUUUGACUGGAAAACCGACGCUUGCCACGAACUUCAAUACUCAGGAAUCGGAGGAAAUGAGAACAUUUUUAUGGAUUACGAACAGUGCGAACGAGUCUGUCGUGGUGCUGGAGAACCACCGAUUUUGUUGCCAAGUAAUAUGAAAGUUCUUCCAAAAGAAACAACAAAAGACUUUAAGAAGAUGGAGAAACCUGAAAUGGAAAAGAAAAUGGUAUAUCCAAAAGAGGUUGCUGCACCAGUUUCCCUUCAACCACCAUCUUUGCGAACAACUAAACCUGCCGAUGUACAUGAAUCUUUCUAUACAGUUUCUCCGCAAACAAGCUCAGUUCCACAUCCAACAACUCUUUCCACGACGCAUUCAAAGCAAAAACCAACAACAACCGAAGCUGAGAUUCCAGAAGUAUUUGAUCCAAAUCCUUGCUCUUUGUCUCCGGAUAAGGGAUUCCCUGGGUCGGUUACUGUCAACAUGUGGUACUAUGAUCCCACAUCAACUACGUGCAGUCCAUUCAUGUAUCUCGGCAAAGGUGGAAAUUCAAAUCGCUUUGAAACAUCGGAAGAGUGCUUGGAAACAUGUGGAAUUGGAAAACCAACCAGAAAAUCGUGUGAACUUCCACCAGCAAUUGGCAACGGGCCAUUCAAUAUUCCUCGAUAUUAUUUCGAUCGAGUCACUAAGAAAUGUGAACGGUUCUUCUAUUCCGGUAGAGAUGGAAAUGAUAAUAGGUUCUAUAAAAAGAACAAGUGUGAGAGACUCUGCUUAAGAAAGAAGCCCAAAAAGAAGGAGAAUAUCUACGAGUUCACAACCACGCCUUCAACUCCAUCUGUCAUUUAUGAAUCAACGCCGUUGCGUAUUAUUCAGAAUUUGGUUCCAAGUGAAACAAGAAUUUCACAGAGUACAUCUACGUUUGCGCCAACUGCAGAUAUUAGAGUUCAUACCGAUCCAUAUGACUACGUCACUCCAACUCCAACUCAAAGUCGCAUCACCGUGGAACCAUGGAUCGAACGAUUUACCGAAAAAUCAUCAAUCUAUGAAUACAGCACUACACCACAUCCAACUCUGAUCUAUGAACCACAUGGAGAAACACUACCGACAUUGAAUCCACCGACGACCACAACUCCUUCAAUUGUCGAUCAUGUUUUUUCAAGUUUGAUGAAUACUCAACAGCAGAAAUUAGUAGAGUUUGUACAUGUUCCAACUGAUCAGAAAACAACUGGGGAGACCCCACGAAAAUUUUCGUCUCACGAGACAAUUCCAUUUGGACAAGUUGAACAACAACCUAUACCUAUGAAUCCAUUUGGAUCCGCAAAACCAACAGUCAAUAAGUUUGGAAUGAAGGUUGAGCCAUAUCAAACAACUGACUACAUGCUUCCACCAGGCUAUCCAUCGUCUUCUAUCUACCUUCCACAACCAGCUUAUCCAGAAGUAAAACCGAAUUCCUCAGUUAUUUUGAGUUCAACCCAAUCACAGAACAAUACUUCUCCUCAAACAAUCCCUGCUUCCGCUUCAGUUACAAAUUCUGCAACUUCGACAGUUGUUGAUACAUCUUCUCAGUUUCAAAUCCCAUAUGUUUCUUCUCCCGCGUCAGCUACUUCCAAUAUUUUUGUUGGACCUAUCCCACCACCAUCCAAUUCAGGAUCUUCUUCUCAAGCACCGGACUCGUCACAAUCGGCCACUAAUUCAUCAAAUUCCGGAAGUGGUGAAUCUAAAAUACCCAACGUCGGACCUAUCGCACCCCCGUCUCAACUUUCUCAAGUUGGUGUUUUUGUUACUGGAUCGACAUCCACUUCACCUGUUGUCUCGAUCAACUUCAUUAAGACAGAGAAUUCAGUUCAACAACCAACUCAUUAUAUCGUUCCUUCCCAAUCUUCCCCACCCCCUGAUCCAUAUGUUAUAUCUAAUCCGAUUCCAACACUAUCACCAACAGCUGGUACUCCAUCAUUCAAUAUAUACCCAUACCCGAGCCUUCCUCCACCCACCACCACAAUUUCUCCGCUUCCCACGCUUCUUCCACCAAAUAUCUCGUACGUCACGUCUCCUCCUGACAACAACGAUUCUCCAUGCAGUCGUUCAAUUUAUGGUGAUGCUACAAUUAUGUGCGAGAAUCGCCAAGAGAUUUGUCCAAUGGGAACUUUCUGUCAAAUUGGACAAGGGCAGAGUAUUUGCUGUCCAAUAAUGGAUGAGCCGCCGUGUGAGCAAGCAAUUGAAGAAGGAGUUGGAAACGUUCUUCUUCGACGUUGGUAUUUCGAUCCAGCAACUCGACUGUGUCAGCCGUUUUACUACAAAGGAUUCAAGGGAAAUCAGAAUAACUUCCAGUCGUUUGAUUCUUGUAGCAGAGCCUGUGGAGCAACAAAUGUUUGUUCUGGAGGAAGUCCGCAGAUGUCUGUUCAUACACAUCUUUUAUCUUGCAAUUUCGAGUCCGAUUGCCCAUAUUCUCAUGACUGCAUUCAAUCGACUCCCCACAACCUUUGUUGUCCAAAAACGAGCCAUCUUGUUCCUGAAUCAAUUCCUGCUCCACCAUUCGAACCUGUUCAGAUGCCAAUUCCUGCACCUCCCGCUCAAGUUUCUCAGCCACAAGAACAAUCGUCCAAUAUGGUAAUUGACUUUGUACCUGCAACCCAUGCUUCGAACAAUCUUUGUGGUCAACCCAUUGAUGUUGGGUUCGGAGUUCUUUCUGAACAUCGUUGGGCUUACUCUGCAGGUCAAUGCACAUCUUUCCUUUAUUCUGGACACGGUGGUAAUAUGAAUAAUUUUUUGACUCGAAAUGAUUGUAUGAAGACUUGCCAAUCUCCAAUGCCACCACCAUCAUCACAAUGUUCACAACCAGCAGCUAGUGGUCAAGGAGAUCAAUAUCUUUCCCGGUAUUUCUUCUCUCCGGAAUAUCGACAAUGCCUUCAUUUUAUAUAUUCUGGAGAAGGUGGAAAUCAGAACAAUUUUGAUUCACUUACUGAUUGUCUGGAAACAUGUGUGGCAAAUGGAAUUAAAUUUAGUUCUCUGGCCAACAGUCCAAUGUCGGCUGUUCCUCCUCCACCACCAACUCUGAUGCCAUCACCACCGGUAACUUCUUCUCCAUUCACAUUCGUGCCGAGGAACAUGUGUCCACAAGGAGAUCCAUUGAUUACUGUUGAUGGCACGCCUAUUCAAUGUGAUCCGUCGAAAGCAGCAAAGUGUCCCGGUGAUCAUGUGUGUACUCCGAGAGGAAACGAAGCAUAUUGUUGUCCAUCACCAAUGAACUUCUGCCUACAAUCCCGUCCACCAAUCUCAGUUUGCUCUGGUCCAGACUUCGAACCUGUCCGUGAAAUUCGUUUUACUUACGAUCCAUUGGCAGAUCGAUGUGUUCGAUUUAGCUUCCAAAAUUGUCGUGGAGCUGCUUUCUCACCCACUGGAAGUCUGAACAACUUUGUGAGCAAUUCUCAAUGCAAUCGACUUUGCUGUAAUCAAGGAUACAAUCUUGUUUACAAAAGGCGUCUUCUGAUGGCAAUGAAUGAUGAUCCAAUUGUAGAAGAUGAUUGACUAAUUGACAAAUAAGUUCAAAACCUCAAAUAAACGGGAAAGACACAAUGUGUUCGGUCAAGUAUGCGAAAUUCGCAACUAUCAUUUUUUGCUCAUUCUCAUCCCCAUGUAUGUAAAUUUUGACAUUCAAUGCAUUGUUUAUUUUUUUUUAUAACCUCAUAGUUGUUCAGUUUAUUUAUUUAUGUUGAAAGAAUUCAAAAUUAAAAAAAAAACUAAAAUUGAAAAUAAAGCUUCAAAAGUA